AUGUCGGCGCGGAGGAUUUUCACAACUACUGAGAGGUUCUUCCGCUUUCAACUGCAAACGGAAAUAUUUUUUACGAGUAAACCUGUUGGAUUGUGGGAAGCAAGGCGACCUGGAAUUGCACUAGAAGUUUUCAAGAACAUGUGUUCUCAUGGUCAGCAGCCAGAUAAAGUGACUUUUUCAAUCAUUCUUGAUGGCUUGUGCAAACAAGGGUAUCUUGAUGAGGCACUCACACUAUUUAAAGCGAUGGAAAAGAGUCGGUUGAAGCCUGAUUGUGUGAGUUUUACGAUUUUGAUUGAUGGUAUGUGCAAAGCUGGGAGGCUUAAUGAUGCCAAAGAACUAUUUUUUAGGCAUUUUGAAAAAGGCUUACAGCCUAAUGUUUAUACAUAUAGUACAAUAAUAAAAGGCCUUUGCAAAGAAGGAUUAUUAGAUGAAGCAUACAAAGUUUUUAGAGGAAUGGAAAAGAGUGGAUGUGUACCAAAUGGUUGCUGUUAUAAUGUGAUUAUUCAAGGGUUUCUCAGGCAUGAGGAUGUAGCAAAGGCAACACAGCUUAUUGAUGAAAUGGUUGAUAAAGGAUUCUCUGCAGAUGCCACCACCUUCGAAUGUUUUUCACCCUUUUUCCAUACAGGAAAUCAGUGCAUGUUGUGGUUUUUAUCUUGCAAGCAUUUUGAUCUAGCUCUUGUGCUUCAGGUGCAAGUCCUUGUUCUACCGUACAAGAACAAGGAACUGCCUUUGAUUUUACAUAUGAUAAUGACGCACCAACCUGCAGCUGAAAACUCUAGGCCGCUUGGGGCGGCUGGGGCCGCUUGGGGCGGCUGGGGCCUUAUGGGGCGGCUGGGGCCUUAUGGGGCUAAUGGUCAAUCAGAAAAGUCUGUUUUGCUUCGCCUCUACAUUUGA